UUCCUUAUCCAAUCUAUUGAUAUUAUGAGGCUUUUUUCCCAUAUUCCUUUUCUUGAUAAACUCAAAAAUUUUGUAGCCAUGGAAGUGGAAGUAAAGCUCCGAUUGAAGAACUCCACAGCCCACCAACAGGUCUCAAACCUUCUCUCACCUUUUCACAAGAAAACCCUUUUCCAGGAAAACAUUUUCUUUGAUGACAAACACUCAAAACUCUCUUCAAACUUAGCCGUUCUUCGUCUCCGUUUCUACAACUUAAAUUCCCACUGUGUACUCUCCCUCAAAGCCAAACCCAGCAUUUCAAAUGGCAUCAGCCGCAUCCAGGAGCUUGAAGAGCCCCUGCCUGUGGCCACAGCCACUGAAUGUGUAUCAAAACCAAGUCUUUUAUCCAAAAUUGAUUCAAAGAUCAUGGCUUUGGUUAAAAAUGAAUAUGGGGUUGGUGAAAAUAGUGAGUUUGUUUGUUUAGGUAGGUUUAAAAAUGUGAGGGGUGUGUAUGAAUGGAAAGGGUUGAAGUUGGAACUGGAUGAAACUAUUUAUGGGUUUGGAACAUGUUAUGAGAUCGAGUGUGAGAGUUUGGAUCCUGAGAGAGAUAAGAAAUUGAUUGAGGGGUUUUUGGAGGAGAAUGGGAUUGAGUAUGAGUACUCUCAGGUGUCAAAGUUCGCGGUUUUCCGAUCUGGGAAGUUGCCUGAUUGAGUUGAGAAUUAGGCUUUUAUUAGAGUAAAAUCGGCGGUCAAGAAUAUUUGCAUUUUAAAAUUGGAAUCAAUGACGUGUUGACCUGUGGAAACUUCGUAUCAUUGUGCUCGCAAAAUUGUCAGGGGAAGAUUUUUCUAGGUGAGAUGCUGACAGUGGUUUAAGUUUGAGCCAGAUUUUCGAGAUGAACUUCAUUCUUUCUUUGACUUGGGCAUUAACAAUGUUCGACCAUGUUGUCUAGGAUUGUAGACAAAGUAUACGGAUAUAUUUACGACCCUGGUCAAAAUUUAUGGAAGAUGUUUGAAACCUUUGUUUGUAGCGAGAAAACAUUGAAGAUCAAAACAUGCUAUUGCAUUGUCAACUGUUAUUAUUGUGGAUUUACUCAGUUUGAUCGAAAUU